AUGUCAAGGACACAGAGGGACUUCUUGGCCUUUCAUAAUAAUGUAAAGCGAUUGAGAGAACAGAUCUGCAAGGGGAUACGACAAUGGCACAAAAAUGCCGAAAAGCUUCGUGAUAAGGAAAAGCUUGAUCGCUUGGCGGCUCUGAAGGCGAACGAUUUUGAUCGUUAUAGGGAGUACGUGAAGAGUGCCAAGAACGAACGUCUCAACGAGUUGAUCUCGAAGACAGAUCUCUACCUCUCUAUGCUUGCCAACAAGAUGUCGCGUGCCUCAAAGACGUUGGCUGGCGGAGCAAGCGAUCAGUCAGCAGGUGCUUUGCUUGAACUGGACCAUCAGAUUCUGCCAUCCAAUGCUGAGGAUGAGAAUGAGUCAGAAUCAACCAAGAACACCAAUGAAGACCAGGAAGAAGCAAAGACCCUGCAACAUGUUGUCAAAGAAGUUGUUUUUGAACAGCCCAGUAUCAUGGGUGGGCCUGAGCUCAAGUUGAAGCCAUAUCAGAUACAAGGAGUGCAGUGGCUUGUUUCUCUUUACAACAACAAUUUGUCUGGCAUACUCGCAGAUGAAAUGGGUCUGGGAAAGACCAUUCAAGUGAUUGGUCUUCUUACCUACAUUAUCGAAUCCAAAGGUGACAACGGUCCAUUCAUGAUAAUAGCUCCUCUUUCCACCAUCACGAAUUGGGCCAUUGAAUUCAGCAGAUGGGCACCUGGUCUGGAGGUAAUCGUUUACAAAGGAAACAAAGACGUGCGAAGAAAUCUUUUUAGGUCAAAAAUGAAAUCAGGUGGAUUUCAGGUAUUAAUCGUACAAUAUGAAAUGGCCAUGAAAUCAGAAGACAUGAGAAAUUUGAAGACAUUUACAUGGUCGUAUAUUAUAGUUGAUGAAGGUCACAGGCUGAAAAACAAAGACAGCAAGUUGUUCAUCGUCCUCUCGAAAGAGUAUACUUCAAAACGAAAGCUGAUCUUGACAGGAACUCCUCUACAAAACAAUAUAACAGAGUUGUGGAAUCUCCUAAAUUUUCUUUUGCCACAUGUUUUUGAUACAGAUCAAGAUUUCAAAACCUGGUUCUCAAAGCCGUUCGCAAUUGCCAAUGACGACGAAGAGGAACAAGAAGCAUCUCUCGAGGAACAAAUGGUUUUGAUCAACCGUCUUCAUCAGGUCCUGCGACCCUUCAUGUUGCGAAGAGUUAAGACCGACAAAGAUUUGCAACUUUCAAUGCCCGAAAACCGAGAAGUGAUCAUCAAAUGUUCCUUAUCUGGAUUACAGAGUAUCAUGUACCGACAACUGCAGCAUGCUGUCUUGAGAUCUCGUGACGAGAAGGGCAACGUCACUGCCAAAGCAUACAACAAUAUCAUCGUUCGAUUACGUCAAGUUUGUAAUCAUCCCUACCUCCUCGAUGAACAGUGGGAUUUGGGCGAAGAGAAUAUUGUUCGAGUCUGUGGGAAAUUUGAUGUCUUGGAUCGAAUUCUGCCCAAACUCAAAGCAGCAGGACACAGAGUGUUGAUCUACUCGCAGAUGGUGAGACUUCUAGAAAUCCUGGAGACCUACGUGAAGGAGAAGGAUUAUGUUUAUAAUAAGCUUAUCGGAGCUACGGCAUCAGAUGAUCGCGCCACUUUGAUUGAAGAAUUCAACAAAGAAGACUCUGAGAUCUUUAUCUUUCUCCUUUCAACCCGUGCAGGCGGUCAAGGUGUGAACCUUCAGACGGCCGACACUGUGAUCAUCUUUGACAGCGACUGGAACCCCAUGAUGGAUGAGCAGGCGAAAGCAAGGAUCAAUCGAAUCGGUCAAAAGAAGCAGGUCAGACGAGCUAGCUCACUUGUAGUCAAUGCGAUUGCCCUCACUGGCUGUCAUGUAAGAACUAAUGACUGA